AUGCUUGCUGACCGCAGGAGACGGGGCUUUGGCCAUUGUUUAUGUUUGUUGGUCAUCCUGCUGGGAGUCGUGUUGCCAGCAUCCACUCCGCCUCUCUGGUGGCGGAAAGGCCGGCCCAGGGAGAUCUUGGGAAGCAGAGCUGAGGCAGAGCUGUUAUCUCAGCUGGCCGUGCUGCUCAUGCCAGACGAGCCGAUUGCUGAGUUGUUUCGGAAUUUCCCAUGUGAACGCUGCCAGGACUGGGGCUCAAGCACUUUGAGCCCAGAUUUGGCUGCUUAUGGCGUGCUGAGAAAAGCCAACGCGGCCUUGUUCAUCGAGUACGACGGGCAUUAUCGCCACCUGGCGCCUGCGGGCUUAACCGGGGACAUGCGCAAGACCGAGGCUCUUCUGCGAUUUGCUCCUGCAGGAUCCUUGGUGGUUCGUAUUGCGCAUGAGCAACGAGAAUGGGAGGACAGGUCUGUAAAUGUGGUGGUGGACUGCUGGCCGGCUGGGCAUGGACCCUCCCUGCUCAGGGCUUUGAGGCAGGUAGGUUCCGCCCUGCUGCAGAGGUGUAGCGGGAAGCUACGCCCCUUCAUAGCUUCGCGCCUCCAGAACACAUCUACAGAAGAAUGGGUAAGCAAGAAGGCCAACACAUUUUCAAGGGACGCAGCUAUUGCUGGUGUUUCAGAAAGAAGCGGCAACAGUAGCAGGAGGUUGAAGUUGCAAGAGCACUUCCAAGAUAGCAUGCAAUUGACGGCAUCAAAAACUGAUACGGUUAUUGCAAAGUUUCCUCGAGUGCUUGGCCUUAGCAUCGAGGCAAAUUUGAAACCUACAGUCGAAUCGAUCAAGGGUUUGGGCUUGAACCAGAGGCAGGUUGCCAAGGUUAUCGCAACUUUUCCUCCGGUGUUGGGCCUUGGCAUCGAGGCAAAUUUGAAGCCUACAGUCGAGUGGAUCAAAGGUUUGGGCUUGAACCAGAGGCAGGUUGCCAAGGUUAUCGCAACUUUUCCUCCAGUGUUGGGCCUUAGCAUCGAGGCAAAUCUGAAGCCUACAGUCGAGUGGAUCAAAGGUUUGGGCUUGAGCCAGACGCAGGUUGCCAAGGUGAUCAUGCAACAUCCACAAGUGCUUGGCCUUAGCAUCAAGGCAAAUUUGAAGCCUACAGUCGAGUGGAUCAAAGGUUUGGGCUUGAGCCAGACGCAGGUUGCCAAGGUGAUCAUGCAACGUCCACACGCGCUUGGCCUUAGCAUCGAGGCAAAUUUGAAGCCUACAGUCGAGUGGAUCAAAGGUUUGGGCUUGAACCAGAGGCAGGUUGCCAAGGUUAUCGCAACUUUUCCUCCAGUGUUGGGCCUUAGCAUCGAGGCAAAUCUGAAGCCUACAGUCGAGUGGAUCAAAGGUUUGGGCUUGAGCCAGACGCAGGUUGCCAAGGUGAUCAUGCAACGUCCACAAACGUUUGGUUACAGCAUCGAGGCAAAUUUGAAACCUACAGUCGAAUGGAUCAAAGGUUUGGGCUUGAGCCAGCAGCAGGUUGCCAAGGUGAUCGCAACUUUUCCUCCGGUGUUGGGCCUUAGCAUCGAGGCAAAUUUGAAGCCUACAGUCGAGUGGAUCAAAGGUUUGGGCUUGAGCCAGAGGCAGGUUGCCAAGGUGAUCGCAACGUUUUCUCCAGUGCUUGGCUACAGUAUCGAGCCAAAUCUGUCCAUUAAGUAUUUGCUGCUUCAGCAGUACUUCCCUGGCCAACAAGCAGCAAAUUGCUUGGCUCGAGUGCCACGCUUGUGGAGCUACAGUCGUGCCCGAUUGCAACACCGUCUUCACGUGCUACAGUCACAAG